UACCCACCCUCAUCACUCCCUCCACCUGUUUGCUCUGCAUUCAAUAACUUGCUGCAGAGAGAGAGAAAAAAAAAGAAGAGAAUAAUGGCGACAACUACAGCAGAAAAAUCCCUCCCCAUCCCACCCCUCAAAACCCACAAACUCUUCUUCCUCUCCCAGAUUUCCCUCAGGCUUUUCGCCGCCGCCGCCACUCUCGCCGCCGCAUGGAUCAUGCUCACCGCCAAACAAACCUCCGUCGUCUUCAGCAUCCAAGUCGACGCCCGCUACACCUACUCCCCCACUUUCAAGUUUUUCGCGUACACGAAUCUCAUCGUGUGCGCCCUGACGAUCCUCUCGCUCUUCUUCGCCUACAUCGGUAACAAGGCCGUGGAUCCGGCUUACUACUUCUACAUUUUCCUGCAUGAUUUGAUGGUGACGAUGCUGCUGAUGGCAGCGUGCGCGGCGGCGACGGCGGUGGGGUACGUGGGGAAGUACGGCAACAGCCACGCUGGGUGGGUGGCGAUCUGCGGCUACUUUGGGAAAUUCUGCCACAAGGCUACUGCUGCUUCGUCCAUUUCCUAUUUGGCUCUUGUUGUGUACCUCAUUCUCACUGUCAUGUCUGCCAACAAGGCGCGCCAUAUCGUCGUCGUUUGAUUAUAUGUGUAUGUAUUUGCAAAUUCAAGUUUAUUUAGGAGAUGAUUUCUAGUGUUUGAAUAGAUAUAUGUUACUACUACUUAUUAAGAUAUGUAGUUUGUUAUGUUAAUGUUAAGUAGUGUUUGGACCCACGUGUUGUUUUGACUAUGAAGAAACAUGAGAAUGAAUUAUUUGCUCUAUAAUUGAUUAGUCUA